CCUUUCUAAUAAUUUACAAAGAGAUUCGUAGAGAGCUAGGGUUAUAAGUACACAUACAAUUCGUUACUGAUACAAAGUCAACCACUUCUGAUUGGGAAUCAAAGCUCAAUUGCUCGUUGAUCAUGCUUCCUUCACCAGAAAAUGCACUCUUUAAUGCAUCACAGUAUGCAUUUUUUGGUCAAGAAGCUGUGGAGGAAGUUGAGUUGGGGGGUUUGGAAGAUGACAUUCCAGUUAUUGGGUAUGGUGAUGAUGAGUACCAUCUCUUUGAUAAGGAAGAGGGAUCAGGCAUUGGAUCCUUAUCUGAUAUUGAUGAUCUGACAAGUACAUUUUCAAAGUUGAACAAAGUUGUUACUGGACCAAGACAUCCUGGUGUAAUUGGUGAUCGAGGAUCUGGAUCAAUUUCGAGGGAAAGUUCAUCUGCGGCUGAAUGGUCACAGGAGGCAGAUUUCCCUGACUGGUUAGAUCCGCAUAUAUAUGACACACAAAGUUCCCAAGAAGGCAAACGAUGGUCAUCACAGCCACAUAAUUCAGUGCGUAUUGCAGAAACAAAACCCUUGUACAGAACAUCGUCAUAUCCUCUGCAGCAACAACAGCAGCAACAACAGCAGCAACACUUUUCCAGCGAACCUAUUUUGGUACCCAAAUCAUCUUUUUGCUUUUUCCCUCCACCUGGUGGCAGAUCUCAACAGGCUUCACCACGCAACCAAUCACAUCACCUAAAUAUUUUUUCUCAUACCGGAGGUCAUCAGUUACCCUUUUCUGCUCCAAACUUUUCUCCUUUAUCUAGCUCUAAUCUACAUUUGGCCGGCUUACCUCAUGGGUUGCAUUAUGGUGGAAAUAUGGCUCAGUUGGACCCUUCUGGUCUUUCUAUUAACAGCCGAUCACAAAACCACUGGGCCAACCAUGCUGGCAUGUUUCAUGGGGACCAUUCCAAUCACUUAAACAACAUUUCGCAACAACAAUUCUCUUACCAGAAAGGGUUAUUAUCUUCACAGUUACUUCCAUCACAGCAGCAGCUGCAACAGCAAAGGAUGCAUCUUCCAGUUCAACCAUCUUUAGCCCAUUUCUCAGCAAUGCAAUCCCAAGUAUUUAAUGCCCUUACUUCUUCGCCCGCACAUUUGAGUAAAUAUGGGUUGGUGGAUAUGAGAGAUCAAAGACUUAAAUCAUCACAAAGAGGUAGACAGAAUAUCCGUCUCUCUCAACAAGGUUCUGAUACUAGUAACCAGAAGACUGAUAGUGGUUGCCCUCAGUUCAGAUCGAAGUAUAUGACAUCUGAGGAGAUAGAGAGUAUUCUUAGAAUGCAGCAUGCUGUCACACAUGGAAAUGAUCCAUAUGUAGAUGAUUAUUAUCACCAAGCUCGUCUUGCAAAAAAAGCUUCUGAAUUGGGAUCAAAACAUCGUUUCUGCCCAAUCCAUCCAAAAGAGCUUACUUCUCGAUCUCGUAAUAGUGCAGACUCACUUCCACAUCUCCAAGUUGAUGCACUUGGGAGGGUCUCCUUCUCUUCAAUACGUAGGCCACGUCCUCUCCUAGAAGUUGACCCUCCUUCCUCUGCUUCUGGCAAUGGCAGUGCUGAGCAAGUUUCUGAAAAGCCAUUAGAACAGGAACCAAUGCUUGCAGCUAGAAUCACCAUCGAAGAUGGAAUUUGUCUUCUUCUUGACAUAGACGACAUUGACCGGCUCCUACAAUUUAGUCAGCCACAAGAUGGUGGAACUCAGCUUAGGCGGAGGCGACAGAUCCUGUUGGAAGGCUUGGCUGCCUCACUUCAGCUUGUUGACCCACUUGGAAAAAGUUCCUCAGUUGGGUUGGCCCCCAAAGAUGACAUUGUGUUCCUACGAUUAGUUUCUCUUGCAAAGGGUCGCAAGCUCCUUUCUAGGUACCUUAAACUUCUCUUCCCCGGCGGAGAGCUUGCCCGAAUAGUUUGCAUGGCUAUCUUCCGUCAUUUGAGGUUUUUGUUUGGUGGUCUUCCUGCUUCAGGGGCAGCUGAGACGAUUACUAAUCUUGUGAAGAUAGUUUCGACGUGUGUUAAUGGGAUGGAUCUUAAUGCGCUUAGUGCUUGUCUUGCUGCGGUAGUUUGUUCAGCGGAGCAACCACCACUCCGUCCCCUUGGAAGCCCUGCUGGGGAUGGGGCCUCGGUUAUUUUAAUAUCUGUUCUCGAAAGGGCAACCAAACUGUUGACUGAUCCUCGUGCUGCUAGUAACUGUAGCAUACCCAACCCUGCCCUUUGGCAGGCCUCGUUUGAUGCGUUCUUUGGUCUCCUGACCAAGUAUUGUGUUAGUAAAUAUGAUAGUUUAGUGCAAUCGAUAUACAUGCACGGCCAGCCGAGCAGUGAGAUUAUUGAUUCUGAGACCACGAGAGCCAUAAGCAAGGAAAUGCCUGUCGAACUUCUACGUGCAAGUCUUCCACACACUGACGAGCAACAGAGGAAGCUGUUAUUAGAUUUUGCUCAACAAUCCAUGCCUAUCACCGGAUUUAAUGCAAAUGGAGGAAGCGGUGGUCAAGUAACUCCUAAAUCAGUGAAGGGCUAGCUGAAAAAGUAGGGAUUGCGAAGUUUUCUAAAAUUGCUAUAAUAUUGUUGCAGGGUUCUAUCACAUUUGGUGGCCUUCACGGUGAGGAUCUACAUGACCAAUGGAUCCAUGGGGUGUGCAUCUAAUGAAGCAAAAUACCUCUUCUAAUUUUCUUCUCUUUUCUUUUCUUUUCCUAUGCAUCCAGGGAAACCUGAGAAAUAGUAAGAUCAUAAUCUGUUUAUUCUGCUGAAUGUAUCAUCUCUGCAAAAUGUGUAUUAUGUUAAGAAACCUUGAAGGAGAGUUUGCGAUGGAACCUUUUCUUUUGGGUAUCUUAAUUUUGGUGCUCUGUUGAAACUGAAAGAACAGGUGAUGAACGUGCAGGGCCGUCCAUGGGAUAAUUUUUACUGAACUUUCCUUUUCCAUGCUUUCCCAAAAGUAAAAAAGACAGAAGGGAAAGGAAAAUGAAAGAAGAGAAGAAAAUCUUACUGAUUCAAGAGGAAGGUACAUUACUAUUGAAGGACAAGAAGGUGAAUGCAUGGAUGAGUUUUUAAGAACUUGGUCUGUAUUAGUUGAAAAUAUUGUCAUAUGUAAUCUAGUUUUCAAUUGGACUCUUUUAGCAUGUUACUAGUAGUACACUACUGUCCUUCAUCUGGCCAUGGACUAUAGUUAUGUUCCACAGGCCAUAGAUGAAUAUUGCCCUAUUCUGUAUUUGAUCUUCUCAGGAAUGUUGCUAUGAUGUAUGUGAAUGAACUUGGUAAUUAAAUUUUUCUUUUUCUGUAGA